AUGGCUCGAGAAGCGGCGCGUGAGCGCGAAAUGUACUAUCAACCAUGGCUUGAAACCUUCCUGUCGACCGACUUCGAACCUGCCACAGACUUCCCGCCCUCUACUGACCAGGCCGCAGCCCAUCGACCACGAUCUUCCAGGGAUAAGGCCUUGACAGCCUUCGCGCAACUGGGCUGUCUCCGACUAAAUGCCAAAAGAUGCGUAGUCACUUUGCUAGGCACUACGAAACAAUACAUCAUAGCCGAGGCUACCAGAUCUCUGUCUCUGUUGAGCGACGCUUAUCACGACGAUGGAGAUGAAUUGUGGUUCGGAAAUUCUUUCAUUGAACGAGCGGAUGGCAUAUCGGCCGAUGCCAUGUAUCCUGACAAUUAUACCGCCUAUGAUCCAGAUGGCUCAUCUUUCACCAGCCCUGCAUUGGUCAUUAACGACGUCUCGACCCAUGAGAAAUAUGAAACUCGAGGCUACGCUGGUCGGGGCGUUUCCUUUUACUGUGGUGUACCAAUCACCACACCGCAGGGCCACGCCAUCGGUGUUUAUACUGUUACUGACGACAAACCACGUUCGAGCCUUUCGGCAACCGAACUUCACUUCCUUCUCGAUAUGUCAGUUAUUGUCAUCCAACAUCUGGAAACCGUGCGGAACGAUCGUGCCAGGAAGAGAGGGCAGCGCCUCAUACACGGCAUUGGGACCUUCAUCGAGGGCGACAAGGCUGAAAUCAGUCCUGAGAAGGGUGCCAGUUCCCAGGAUGAUAAGCCGACUGACUUCAAAUCCAACUCGAACCUCUCAUCAGAGACCACUAAGACCCAGGGAUCCAUGGGCUUGAUGAUCGGCGACGCAAAUACACCUAUUGAAGAAGCCAAACGAAAGGGGGUCUUGUCCCGCGACCGUUCAAAUGACAGACCGACACCGACGGCUGCGAGCCUUGGUCAGGGAAAUAACCUCGACCACGUGUCGAGCCAGACACAGACGGCGCAGCGUCCCAAAACGGCCAAGGACAAGAUAUUACAGGAGUCUCGGCAGGUAUUUGAUCGUGCUGCAGCUGUUCUCCAAUACAGUCUGGGCGCCGCUGGGGUCGUAUUCCUAAAUGCGAGCUCCGCUAACCUGAGUUCAGGCUCGAGCAUGAAAACUUCUGGAGCUGCGGUGUCUCAAUUCCAUCAUGCUACUUACAGUGGAAUAAGCCACUCCGACCAUCAGAACGGGAUCCAGGAAGCUGGCUCGCCAGAAAAUGGAGCAGGAGACGGUUCUACAACUUCCAGCGACGAUACUGCGAGUACACGCAGUAGCAGUGACUCAUCGGCUUCACAUAGCAAGAGACAAAAAUGUGAGAUUCUGGGUCUUCGCACAGUCGAUCCCAAUCAGUCGAUCAGCAUUGCCGACCCGACUAUGCGCCGUCUAGUCCGCCGUUAUCCAAAGGGGAAAUGUUUUACAUUCAACCAGUUUGGACAACCGGCCUCCAGUGACGAGAGCUCCGAGUCUGCGUCCGCUGCGGAUGUUUCCCAACAGGUUCCUGAUCAACAAUCAAAAGGAGUAAGACGUGCUCCCGUGACCAAUUCUCUGCUGAAAGCACUUCCUGGUGCGAGGAAGAUUGUUUUUCUGCCGCUAUGGGACUUUGCGAAAGAGCGGUGGCACUCUGGAUUGAUUGUAUGGUCCAAUGAUCUAGGCGGCCUGAUUAACAUUGAAGAUGAUAUGGUUUACCUCAAAGCUUUCAUUAAUGCUGUGGUGAACGAGCUCAACCGUAUCGAUUUAGCGCUGUCCGACACUGCCAAGUCAACAUUCCUUGCCAAUAUCUCUCAUGAGCUGCGCUCGCCUCUUCAUGGUAUUCUGGGCAGUAUUGAAUUUCUUCACGAUACUGCAAUGGAUGACUUUCAGUCGUCUAUGGUCAUUAGCGUUGAGACAUGUGGAAAGACGCUGCUUGACACAGUGAACCAUGUUCUUGAUUACGCCAAGAUAAACAGCCUAUCCAAAUCUCAGCGCCAGGAUCCAGCUUCUACACUGGGCCCUUCGCAACGAAUCAAAAGUGAAACCAAUCUGACGGAGGAUUUUGAUAUGGCGGUGGUGGUCGAGGAAGCGGUUGAAGCUGUGUACGCUGGGCAAGUCUUUCGGACCGCCAACGCAGAUGCGCUGGAAGGCAAAUCGCCCGUACAGACCUCCGCGAGUCGAGCUAUGCAACAACGACUAGAUCGAAGGGCCAACGUCAGCAAAGGCGAGGCCAAAGAAUCGAGUGCUGUUCGCCUUACCUUGAAUAUCGACGAUCAUACCAGCUGGUGGGUCAGAUCCCAACCUGGGGCUGUCAGGCGGAUUGUCAUGAACAUUCUUGGCAAUGCAUUGAAAUAUACACCCAAAGGGAGUAUCAAUGUCGGGCUCGAGGUUGAUCGCUCCCGAAAGGAGAGUAGCUCAAAUCUGCACAUGCUGCUGAAGAUUGCUGACACCGGCCGCGGCAUGUCUGACGACUUCAUGAAGAAUCACGCAUUCACUGCGUUUUCUCAGGAAGACACACUAGCAACGGGUACCGGUCUUGGACUCAGCAUUGUCCGACAGAUUGUCGACUCUCUCGGAGGAAAGAUCGACCUGUCCAGCGAGAAAGAUGUCGGUACCGAAGUGAGAAUCUGGCUCCGGCUUCCAAAGAGCCAGAAAGAUGUGAGUUCAUUUACCGAGGCCAACGUCGUUGCAGACAUGCGCCAGCGCGUCACGGGACGUGAGAUGUGCAUGCUCUUGCCGUACGAUGAGAAGAAUAACGAGACAGAUGUCCGUUACCUGGUCCCGAUGCCGACAAUAGAAAGCUCAAUGCGGAAUUUGGUGUCUCAGUGGUUCCGGAUGAAGAUCACCACGACGAAGACCAUGGAUGGCAUCUCACCCGACUUCUUCAUUUAUCCUGAGCCCCCGCCUAUUGACUACCUUAUGGACUACCACGGGAGAGCAGAAACCGAAAGAGAAAUCCCCGUCAUCAUAUUGUGCGCAAACGCAUUCGAAGCUGCAUCCUUGAGAUCCAAUGGGAUACACUAUCUCACCGACAUUGGUAGAGUCAUUGAGGUGAUUGCGCAACCCUGUGGCCCGCAGAAACUGGCGAAAGUACUGAAUAGGUGUAUGCAACGGUUGGAGCUGCUGCUGAAGGACCCUCACGAAAAACCCUCGAAGACGGCUGCAUUGCCAUUCAAUCGAACCCGGAAACCAAACAAAGAGAGCUCUCAGACCAGCGAAGAUACAACCGGGCAGGGCGAAGAAUCGGUUCAAGACGUUGACCUUGCCACCAUGGCUGACGGUGAUGAUACGGCCAAGCCCAAAUCAAAUGAUGCUUCGAGCAGGGCUCCCGCAGAGAUCCACUCCUGGCCUCGAAAACCGUCAUCGACAAAGAUGGGCACCUCGGAAGAAGUCGUUACACUAAGUCAGUCGGAUGUUGCCAAAAGUGAUGCUUUGCCUCAAGAACCCGACGCAAACAACCCCCGAGUCCUAGUAGUCGACGAUAAUCACAUUAACCUGCACCUCCUGGUCACUUUCGUUCGCAAAGCUGGCCACCCCUUCGAAUCAGCCACUGAUGGCUUGAAGGCUCUAGAAGCAUACAAGAAGAGCGUCCGCGGAGGGGGUCGACGGAAUGCCUUCAAAUAUAUCUUUAUGGACAUCUCAAUGCCAGUGAUGGAUGGCAUCGCUUCCGCCAAAGAGAUUCGACAAUUCGAGAAAAACAACAAGGUUGAUCCGCCUGCCAAGAUAAUUGCCUUGACGGGAAUGGGUAGUGACGUUGCCCAUAACGAGGCAUUAGACGCAGGGUUUGAUGAGUUCUUGAGUAAGCCGAUUAAGUUCAAGGACCUACAGAAACUGCUUGUCUGA